CGUUCCACUUGCGGCUGCGAGCACUUUCUCCAUGCCGGCGCUGCUGCCGCCAUCUAACGGUACGGCAGUCGUGUGCCUGACGCCGCCGGUGCUGCCGCCGCCUCAGCCUUGCUCUCGCCCAGAGUUCGAGAAUGAUACCACACAGCGCAGUUCUGCUGUUCGCUGUGAUGGUGACAGCGGAAUACAUCCCUCCUGGACCUCGUUACAGGUGUCCUGAAAAUGGUGUAAUGCUGUAUCCUUGCAAAUGCUCUAAGGAAAGUGAUCAAGGCCUGAGUAUACAUUGUGAGAACACAAAUUUAGCAGCAAUGGCUGUAGGUUUGGCCAACGUCGCUGCCCUCCGAUCUCCUAUUGAGGAACUGGUGUUGUACGAGUGUAAUAUUGGUCGGCUUUAUGGGCCAAUGCUGUAUCCUCUUCGUGUCCGUAUUUUGAAAAUCAUUGAUACGCCAUUAAAAACCAUUGACCAAUAUGCGUUUCUUGGGAUAAACAGAACAAUGCAAGAGCUUCAUUUAAUCAAUUCCCAGCUGGAGCAUUUUCCAGUUGAAGCGUUUCAGAUUCUUGGUAACAUUUCUGUACUAGAAAUUGAUAACCACAAUAUGAAAAAGUUACCACAGAAUGCAUUUUCUGCAGGCUUGCUUCCAAAUCAUUUGGCAAAACUGCAUAUUACAAAUGGACUUAUCACUGAUAUUCCUGCAGAUGUUUUUGUAGCACUGAGGAAACUUAAGAAACUUGAUUUGCAUGGUAACAGAAUAACACAGCUGCGCAAAAAUCAGUUUAAAGGACUUAGAGACACAGAAGUGCUUGAUUUGUCACACAAUAACAUAACAAAGAUAGAUGCAUCACAAAUUGCUGAUCUUCCAAAGAUGGGCUGGUGCAACCUGUCUCAUAAUGCACUUACUGAGUUGACAAGGGGAGCAUUUGCUCGUAAUGCUGUCCUCAAGGUUCUAAACGUGAAUCACAAUAAGAUAAAGAAACUUGAUGCAAAUACCUUCCGUGGCAUGAGGUUUAUACGUCAUCUUUUCAUGAGUGAUAAUAACAUCACAGAUGUUGGAAGAGGGACAUUUGGUUCUGUACCAAAAAUAGGCAUCAUUAAUCUUGCAAGAAAUUAUAUUAAAAAGAUUGAUUACCAGAUGUUUCAACAGCUUCAGUACGUUGAGGUCAUAGAUGUUUCAGAAAAUAAAGUAAAAGUAAUUGAGAAACUUGCAUUCAAAGAUCUUUAUCUAGUGAAGAUUAAUAUUUCGCACAAUGAAAUUGAAAAAAUUGAGGCUGGAGCGUUUGAGCAAUGUUCAAACAUAAGCCUCCUUGACUUAUCACACAAUAAGAUACAGUACAUCCCCUCAAAAGCUUUUGAUAGUGCUUCAUAUGCUAUUGACUUUAAUCUUGCUUACAACCAACUCACAAAUCUUUCUCAGGUCCCUCUUCAAAAUAUGACUGGGUUGAAGAUACUAAAUGUUUCUUAUAAUAUGUUGGAAAGUAUACCAAGAAACUCAUUUCCUAAACUCUAUGAGCUUCACACUGUUGAUUUAAGCCACAAUCAAAUCACAGAAAUCUGGAACUCAGUUUUUCAAACACUAUUCAGUCUCAGAUACUUAAAUCUCAGUCACAACUCUUUACAGACCAUUAAAGGUUCCACAUUUGGUGCUUUACACACACUACUUGAACUUGAUGUUAGCAAUAACAACAUAUCUGAUGUUAAUCGUGCUUCCCUGACAAGACUAGCAUCAACAAGAACUCUCAGGCUCAACAACAAUAAAAUCCAAAAAAUAUUUCAGUUACCCAUCUCACUAGCUCAUCUUGACCUUAGCAACAAUUCGAUUGAAUCAAUUACACCCCUUACAACAUGGCCAACAAUGAAUUCCUUACUGUCUCUUGACCUCAGUCAUAAUAAUAUUGGAGAUUCUCUCGAAACAGGAGCAUUCACCAACCUACUGACGUUGCAGAAACUUGAUUUGAGCUUUAAUAAUGUAUCAAAACCUCCAUUUGAAGCUCUGUCUGGCCUGACAACUCUUCAGUAUCUGAAUCUGAAGAACAAUGAAAUAAAGUCCCUUGGCAGAGGUGCAUUUGGAAGGCUACCAGUAGUGUUUGAUUUGAAUUUGGCCCACAAUAAAUUAAAUAACAUUUCUAAAAAUGCGUUUGAGGGGCUUCUUCAAUUGCUGACUCUAAAUUUAACUGCAAACAAUUUAACUCACAUUCCAAAUGGAGCUUUCUUAGGUCUGGUUUCAUUACGCACAUUAGACCUUUCACACAACUACCUGGAGAAGUUAGAUAACAAGACACAUGGUUUAUUGGAUGACUGCCUCUCACUAGAAAGAGUGAAUUUGAGUAACAACAAGAUAUCCUCCAUAACAAGGAAAACAUUUCCUAGCAAUCCAUGGAUACCUUAUCGUUUGCAAGAAAUUGACCUUAGCUAUAACACAAUGCCAGUACUGUCAUAUGAUAUAACAUUUGGGACUAAGAAGCUACAGUUGCUUAAUGUGAGCCACAAUCUUAUAAAUGAGAUAAGGACAAAUGCACUUGGAAACUUGACAGCACUUAAAGUGCUUGAUUUGUCACAUAAUGAACUAACAGAUUUGCCAGGAAAUGUGUUUGGGCCACCACCAAAUCUGACUUCAUUGUAUCUGUCAUACAACAAAUUAAAGAACUUGCCUUUAAAGCAAAUAUCUUCUUUAAAAUCACAGUUAUUAUAUAUAGAUGCAAGGAAUAAUGAAAUAAGAGAAUUUCCAUUUGAGAUCAUGCCAUUAAUCAAGAAUGGAACUGAUUUGCUAUUUUCAGGAAAUCCUUUAUCAUGUAACUGCCUUGUGCGUCCAUUGAAGCACUGGAUGUCAUCACAGCUUAAUGUCAAACAGCACUGGAAAGAUAUUCGCUGUGCUCAACCAGAAUAUCUGUUCAACCAAUCUCUUAGUAGUGUCAGUGAGGACAAGAUGACCUGUGACUCUGAGCGAGAAUAUAAAAAUGAUCCUGCCUUUGAUGUCAAUCCUGAUAUAAAAUUCAGAAAUGUUAAAAAGAAUGAAAAGGGUGACCUUAGCCUGGCAUGGUAUGUGUCAAGUACUGAAGACAUUGGUGACUUUCACUUGCUAAUGAGAGAUCUGCCUAAUAUGCAAUCAAAUGAAAGCACUAAUCAACACCUACUUGUACAGAAUUUGUUUGAGAAAGACUUAUCCUACAUAACACGUAGCUAUGUUGUGAAAGAUUUACCCAAACGACAUGGUGACCUACAAAUGUGCUUGUUAGCAAGAGACAGUGAAGGAAACAUUCGUAAAUGGAGGAUGAGUCAGUGUGAGCGUGUUCCUAUGGAUGGUUCUAUUAGUGCCUUAUCAGCAGCACUUCCAUUACCAAGUACUAUGACAUUAUUAUUUUUUGCAGUAUAUGCCAUAUUCAGGUUCUGAUAAUAUCUUAGAGAUCUUUCACAUAGUCAUAUUAUACAAAGACAUUUUUUCUGGCAACACUUGGUCAUACUCUUGAUUAAUAAAAUUCAUUUAAAUCUU